AUGAGGGUCGACACCUUCAUCGUCGGCCUUCUUGGCUUGGUGCCAGGGCUUGGUUCAGCUUCGCAUUGUAGUCUCAAUGACCAAUCUGAGUCUCUAUCAUUCGUUUCUAAGCCACGUACUUUUAUCCUGACCGAUAUUCUGAACGAACCUGAUGAUUCUCAAUCCUUGAUUCGAUAUCUACUGUACGCCAAUAGCUUCGAUACGCGAGGAUUGGUUGCAACAACAUCGAUUUGGCUACAAAACAAUACACAUCCCGAAGCGAUAACAGCAAUCUUGGAUACUUAUGCCACAGUCGUCGACAACCUGAACCAGCACGUCGGUUUCGAGCCCUCGUAUGAAAGCUCUGAAACUUUGAAGCUUCGUGUGACAUCUGGACCCACGGUAUACGGGCAAGCGGCAUUUCAACAAGAGUUGAGCCAUGGAGCUGCUCUGUUGAUUUCAAGCCUGCAGGAAUCCGAAGAGCCAUUGUUUGUGAGCUUGUGGGGUGGCGCCAAUACACUUGCCCAAGCACUGCAGUACGCUUCAGUGACAUAUACCGAGGAUGAAUUCAGCGUAUUGCGUAACAAAUUGCGUGUUUACGCCAUUUCAGACCAAGAUGAUACCGGCGAAUGGAUUCGUCAAACAUAUCCCGAUAUUGUGUACAUUGUCUCUAGUCAUGCCUGGGCCAUCUAUCCGAACGCGGCAUGGCAAGGCAUGGGCUUUUCAGGAAUGAGCGGGGCCAACAACUCUAUUGUGAGCGCAGACUGGUUGGCCGCAAAUAUCCAGUCUACCGGACCCUUGGGGGAGAUAUAUCCAGACAUUGCCCUUAGCAUGGAAGGCGAUUCGCCUUCGUGGAUGUGGCUCAUUGAAAACGGCCUGGGUAAUCGGGAUCACAUUGAAUGGGGUAGCUGGGGCGGACGCUACGACACUGCGACAAUGCCUCAUGGCACCACUAAGCAUUAUUUCGACACCAUGGAUAGAGUUUUCGACACAGAUGGCAACUAUGCUUUCAACAAUUAUGCCACCAUUUGGAGGUGGAGAGCAGCCUUCCAAGAGGAUUUCGCUGCCAGAAUGCAGUGGUCAAAUAGUAGCGACUUCAGCCAAGUCUCUCAUCCCCCCUUCAUCAACGUCAACGGGAGCGAAGGGCCCGAAACGAUGUGGAUCCGCGUCCCUUCAAAUAUCUCAAGCAGCAAUGAGAUCAUACUGGAUGCCACGAAAACGAUUGACACGGACAAUACAAGCAGCAAUGGAGAUUUGGAAUUUCAAUGGUACCAGUAUUGGGAUCCGACGCUUCACAUUCAACCAUACUUUCCAACGGAUGGUGGGUUGAAAAUUACAUCUCAAGACUCAGACUCCGAGUUUACCAAUGCAACAUCUUGGAAUGACGCGGGUUUCUCGGGGAUCGUAAAGGGUCAAAUUAUCAGUGUCAAUGCGACGAGGAUUGACGUUUCAGCGGUUGCCGAUGGAGACAAGUCAUUGCCGCAGCUGCAGCAUUUAAUACUCCAAGUGACCAAUAAACGUGGAAAGUAUCCUAUCAGAAGGUAUAAACGGGUCGUCUUUGAGAUAGGCGCUCAACUUUAG